UUUUAAAAAUAAAAUACAGCUGAUCGAAAGGGCACUUGACAACGCAAAAGAAGUUUUGUUUCAGUGGUCAGAAAAUGGUGGUUUUGUUUUAAAUAUGGCGAAUAUUGCAAAUCCUGUACCUUACAUCGAUAAAAGGCAAUUUGGACUUUUGCUGGACAUAAAAUCCGAGUUGUUUUACAACCGUCUCAAUGCCGCAAAGAAUUUAUAUCGAAAGGAUCUUGUGUGCCAUUUUGGAUGUGUAAAUGCUAUUGAGUUUUCUAGCAAUGGCGAACUGCUCGUAUCAGGUGGUGAUGACAGAAGAGUCAUGCUAUGGCAGUUUGGCCUAGCCAUGUUGGACCGUGGGAAACCAGAAGCACUGAAAGCAGUGCAUCAAUCAAACAUAUUUUGUUUGGGAGUCACCAGCGACAACCAGAAAGUAUAUUCUGGAGGGAAUGAUGAUAUUGUAAUCGUCCAUGAUCUAGAAAGCAAAUGUCCCCUGGAAGUGUUGCAGCAUCAAAGAGCUGUGUGCAGUCUCAGCAUUGAUCCGUUCAAUGAACGUGUCGUCACAACUGCCGGUAAUGAUGGGCGGUUGUUGUUGUUUGACACAAGGCAGUCAGUUCAUGAAUCAUUAGUGAUAUCGCGCAGCAGAAAGGCGUUCCACGGAGUGAUGUUCCACCCGCAGCAAGUGGGCAUGCUAGUGUCCGCGAACGCGCGCGAUGGUGUCGCUCUAUGGGACUUGCGAUCGCCGAAACACCCGGUCUUACGGUACGCGGGCAACAACGGCACAUCUCAAAACAGCAUGAGUGUGCGGUUCAACUCGACCGGCACGCAUAUACUUGCCCUGCGGCGUCGACUCGCGCCAGUACUGUACGCCGUGCACUCGGCCGAGCCAGUCGCCGAGUUCUACCACCAGGACUAUUACAAUUCGUGCACCAUGAAGAGUUGCUCAUUCGCAGGCGAACGCGAUCAGUUCGUGCUGUCCGGAUCUGAUGAUUUCAAUUUGUAUAUGUGGAAAGUGCCUGAUACUGGAGGUGGUUAUGACAUGGUGGUAGAACCGCCGCACAUAGUGCUGUACGGGCACAGAUCGAUCGUGAACCAAGUGCGUUACAAUCCGCACUACUGUCUCAUCGCUUCGUCGGGAGUCGAAAAAAUCAUCAAGGUGUGGUCUGCAUUAGAGUACCCUCAGAUGCGCGGCGCCUUGCUCGAGGAGGCGCAGGGCUCCGACAACCCGCGCGAGAUAUACAGCCACGAGGACUACGUGUCGCUCGUACACCACAGCGGGCAGUACAUAUCGCACAACUACGCAGAGCAGUCGACGUCGGAGGACCCGCGCAUGAUGGCGUUCUUCGACUCGCUCGUGCAGCGCGAGCUGGAGUGCCUCGCCGAGGAGACCGACUCGCUGGACGGCUCCUCCUCCGGCACGGCCCACGACAAUAACUCAGACUCCUCCGACAACGACCACAUACUGGCAGACUUCCUCCCGCUGCCCGCCAAGAGAUCAAAUCCAAACGGCUCCCGCACACAGAGGUGCAACAACAGGUUAGCGCGUUUGGUGGCUUCAAGAUAUACGAAAAAUACACGAUCUCAGAAACGAGGUUCUGUUCGGCGUAGCAAACAAUCCCGCACAUCACACAGCAAGUCAGGCAAGUGUCCAGCGCCCACCGGCUCCACCGGCAGCGCCAAGGGCAAGCGCGCCCCCGCGCGGCGAUCCCGCGGCCCGCGCCGACCCGCGCCCCGAGCCGCUCGCGCCGCGCAUGCGCUUCACUCGCCGCACCUCGCGCCGCACCACGCGCCGCACACGCGCCCGCACCACGCGCGCAUCUCCGCUCCCUCCAGCGAACGCACAGACUCCGAUGAACCCGCGCAUUGUUUAUACAGAAAUUCUGGAAGGAUGAUUCGCCCUCUGCGUAGAAGGUUAAACCCUACAAGGACAGCCAAGAGGAAAAAUAAAGUCAAUAGCUAUAGGAAAGUUAUGAAUUUAAGGAGCAAUGGCGCCACGAUAGCUCAAGACAGUAGUGAUAAUAACAAUUUUUCCAAUUUUGAUAACUUCGAGGAUAAUUUAGCACUCCCUAGUACAAGUACAGGAUACAGAGGCCAAAACACAUCUGCGCUCUUCAGGAUAGCAGAAGUGGAUUCCGACGAUGACCAAUCGAUCGGCAGUCGGCCUAUAUCACCCAGAAAUCAGAACGGCAACCAAAACAUUCCUACAAAUCUCGUUAGUAUAAUUCCAACACCCAUCAACGGAUCUCGCGACUCGCUGGGGGAAUCUCUUCGCGUCGAACCGCCAGAAUCAGAGAGCAACUCCACGCCACCGCCAGAGACUCGCCUGAGGAACUUGCGUCGAGUGCGACGUAACGGACGACUUAGCCUGCAUAGAUCAGAUUCUAGCGAAUCUCCACCACCUAAAGAAUCCACAGAGCGUGCUUCCACCUCCAUAGCCGAACGGUUGUCACCAAAAGUCGGGUAUAAUAGGACCGUGGCCAGGCUUAUGAAUGAAACGAAUGAGAGUGAGUUGGAAAGCAGCUGCAGUACUGAAAGCAGUCUGUGGCCGGCGCAAGACAUGGGCACUCCGGACAGCGGCGUGGGCACCGUCGUCGGCAGCAGCACACGCAACAAUCUCCCACCCGACGACGUGUCCGACGACCCCGACUAUCAGGCCAUGAAGUUCCGACAGCGAGUGAAAAAAGCACGUCGCAACUACAGAAAUCACAUGGAUUCAGAUUCCAACUGAACUGAUCAUAGAUAGAUAUUUGAAUUGUUUUUCUAUUAGACAGUCGAUGUACUGAAUAUGGCGACUGUUCACGACUGGUAUCUUUACUAAGAAUGCCUAUUGAGUGCAGUGUCAAAUAAUCGCGUUUAUUUAAUGCUUGGUAAUUCGAUGUAAGGGGAAUUGAAUGUAAUGAAGUUAGUAGCAUUGCUGUACUCUUUCAGUGUUCUGUUAUUAUUAGGAAAUUGAAGCUAGUUGGUGUGACUUGUAACAGUUAUACCAAGCGAUUAUUCCUGAUUUGCCGUGAAUGUCGCGCUGACCGACUGACCAGGCUUAGUUAAAUCCAACUAUAGUUGGUGCAAUCUGUCUUCAGAUGCAUCCGGCAACAUUGAUAUAGUGCCAUGUAUCAUUGAUUAUUGUUAGCUAUAGGGUGUUGAUAAACACAUCGCACGCUACUUUAUGUUGUGUAUUAUACUAGAAAAAUGGCAUA